GUAACGUGCAUCCGGAUCAGAAUACGGCAACAUGGCAGCCUGCUGGUCAGAGCUGCUGUUGGCUCGGUCCUGACCGUCACUCACGGAAACCUCAACAUGGCAACGGGGACGGACAGCGCGAGACCAGCAGGUCGGUAACGGAGGGCUUUUACAUGAUGUUUCUGUGUUUUCGGGGCAGCCGCGCGCCGCUGUGCUCGAGCGGCACCGUCGCGGCUGUUCGCUGUUGGGUGGCCGCGCGCCAGGCGAGUGUGUGUCGGCUCGAGGGUGCGUCAUGGCGGAACAGGCACACACCUGUCACCGAGUGCGCGAGACUGAAGCCGUCCGCGCCCAACGGCUCGUGGCUCCUCAGGCUCAAACUGCGGGGCUCCGCGUGCACGGACAGCCGCGCCUCGUGCUGGUACGGAAUCAGUUCAGAGGGCGCGCCGAGACUCUGGCACGCGCACGGAGCCCUGUGUCUUCACCGGAGAGGUCACGAGAGGUCGGUAGCCAGUCUCCGGUCUCUGCUGUCACCUGCAGCGCGAGGGCUGUGCAGCGGGAAGCCUCAGGAGCCUCGCGAGGACGCUCCGCCAUCGGACCGCGGUGAAGCCAGUCCGGUACCGGGACAGGGGCUGUUCAAGUUCAAAGAGCUGUAUGAGAAUCCGUGGACGGUCCCCAACCUGCUGUGUGUGUGUCGGAUUGUGCUGGCACCGUUCCUGGGUUAUCUGAUCAUCCAGCAGCACUUUAACCUCAGUCUGGCCCUGUUUACACUGGCUGGAGCUACUGACCUGUUGGACGGCUACAUUGCCAGAACGUGGCCCAAUCAGAAGUCGGCGUUGGGCAGCGCUCUUGACCCCCUGGCUGAUAAGAUCCUCAUCAGUGUUUUAUAUGUCAGCCUCACCUAUGCUCAACUUAUACCAGCUCCAUUGACAGCGCUGGUGAUUUCCAGAGACAUCGGUUUGAUAGCUGCUGUUUUCUGGGUCAGAUACAAGACUGUACCUCCACCGGUGACCCUCAGUAAAUUUUUUAACCCUUGCUACACCACAGCCCAGCUCAAACCCACGCUCUUCAGCAAGGUGAACACAGCCAUCCAGCUCCUUUUAGUAGCAGCUUCCCUGGCAGCCCCCGUCUUCCAGUAUACAGACAGUGUGCUGCUGCAGUGUCUAUGGUACACUACAGCAGUGACCACAGCAGCUUCAGGCUACAGCUACUGGCACUACGGUCGCAAGACUGUGCAGGUAUUAAACGCCAAAUCACCAUGACAACCACAGCAGGAAACACCCAGACAGCCUAACAGAGACAACAAAUAGCCAGCGCCUUGGCACUGAGUAGUCAUGGAAAAUGCUGGAAAGAGGCAUGUACAGUCGUCUGGAGCACUGACACCAUGUAGCCGUGACAACCACACCGUGUCGUCAUGACAGUGACAUACGGCAGCCGAGGCAACAAGUGGUAUAUUGCAGCACUACAGAAACCUAACAGCUCUGCCACUGGACUGGCUGUGGUCUAGAGACAAAAACACACACAGAUACAAACACAUCAAGCGCUAUGGCAGGAACUUCGAUUUUUUUUUUUGUUUUUGUUUUUGUUUUUUCUUUCUUUUUCAAUCUAGAGGUUGCUAUGCCAACCUAAUCAUUGUCAAAUGAUUGUCAUUUUUGUAAAACAAUGAUUUAUGAUUAAAAAAAUAAUAAUCUGCUUUGGUGUA